AUGGAUGGCAGAUCUUACGCGAUCAAGAGAUUUCCAUUUGCAAUGUGUGAAGAAGAGCAUGCUUACAACGAUAUUGUCUUGUCUGCUCGGGUACGUAGUCACGGCGGUUUCCUGAAACUCAUUGGUUGUUGUCUCGAAUUUCGUUAUCCCGUGUUGGUAUUUGAAGACCUAGAAUAUAGAGCCUUGAACAUUCGAGGAAGUCUUGGUAGCUUAGAUGCGCAGGUGGUGCUGCCUUGGAAUGUACGACUUAAGAUUGCAAAAGAGGUUGCGAUUGCUAUAACUUAUCUUCACACUGCUUUCCCUAGAAUCAUCAUACACCGAGAUAUCAAGCCGAUGAAUGUUUUCUUGGAUAAAAACGGAACUGCUAAGCUCACUGAUUUGUCACUUGCCGUGACACUCCCUGAGGGAACUGAGAUUCCAUAA